AUGCCUGCACCCACCGAAAUCCAAUCCGUCAGCGAAUGGAACACGACCCUCCGCGCAGCGAAAGCGCGCACACCACCAACGCCGAUAGUGGUCGACUUCCAUGCGCAAUGGUGUGGCCCUUGCAAACAAAUUGCGCCGUUCUACUCCCAGCUCGCGUCCCAACAUCCUCAUGUGCAGUUUCUCCGGGUCGAUGUCGACGCGCCGGGCGUCCGCGCGGUCGCCCAGAAGUACCGGGUCUCGGCCAUGCCUACAUUCGUCGCAAUUCAGGAGGGGAAUGUCGUGGAUAGCUUGAGAGGCGCCGACCCACGUGGACUCGCGAAUAUGGUGGAGAAGUUAAAGGUCGCGGCGACGUCGUUGCCUGCGGAAGCGGAGAAGGCUAAGGCGGAGGGUAACAAGGCGUUUGCGGCCAAGGACUAUACAUCUGCCAUCACCCAUUACACGACCGCCAUUGGAAAGGCGCCUCGAUCAGCUGUCCUUCACGCCAACCGCGCCUACUCGUACUUGAAGCUGAGCGAAGAAGACUCAUCUCGAUCUGCCGUUCAUGGAUCCGAGAGCUCAUCCGUGAAGUUGCGAGUGAAGGCUCUUCAAGACGCCAUGCUGGUGACAGAACUCGACGAGCGUUGGGGAAAGGGGUGGUACCGGCUCGCUGAAGUGUUGAACGCUGCACGGCAGGAUGCCUCUAGUGAAGAUGUUGCACCGGAGAAGAGGGAGCAAGGCGCUCGUGUGUCCCGCGAUGCAGUCAUUGAAGCGCUGGAGCACGCGGUCGCUCUGUCCGAUGGGAAGAUCAAGGCUGAAGCGGAAGCAUUGCUGGCAGCUAUACGGUCUGAAGCAUGA